UGAUCACAAGAUCAUAUUUACAGAUUAAAUUUCACCUCAAAUAAAGUCGAACAUAAGUGUAUCUUCCUUAACCUGAAGAGGAAGCUUUGAUACAUGAUGGCGUUGGUGAUUCAUCUCGUCCUCCUUCUCUCCGUCUUGGUCUCAGUUACAGUGUGCAGUGAUGUUUUUAAGCUGGUUAACAGUUCUGUUAAAUUGGUCAUGCAAAAAAAAAUUGAAAAGUUCUAUGAUAUGGGCUGGAUAUUUAACACGGAAAACAAUAUUGUGAGAUAUAAUGGAAAUACUCCAAGUAAAGUAUUUGGAAGUUAUAAAGACAAGGUGGAGUUCAAUGAGGAAACCUACAGUCUGACACUGAAGAACGUACAGAAGAGUGACAGUGGAAUCUAUGAAGCAAAAGCAAUUGAUGAACAGAUUGUAAAUGUUGCUACAUACCAACUACAUGUGUUUGAUCCAGUGGAGAAACCAGUCCUGUCUGACUCUCUCCAGCAAAGCAAUGACACCUGUAAUGUGACUCUCACCUGUGAAGCUCAGAAGCUCUCAGUAACCUCUCACUGCUACAAUAAUAAUUGUGAUCUGAGGGAAAAGAAAACAUCUGGAGACACGUUCCUUUCCCUCUCACUGCAUGUUAGUAACAACUUCAUCAUCUGUAAUCAUAGCAACCCAGUGAGCUGGAACAAUACAACUAUGGAGAUGAAACAUGUGAAAAAACUCUGCCCUGAUAAAGGAGAUGAGAAUGGUUCUGGGUUAAAUAUGGCUGACACAAAGACUGUUCUAUUACUGACAGGCAUUUCCACCAUCAUCAUCAUCAUGUUCCUCAUCAUCAUAUGUUAUCAGAGGAAAAGAACAACAAAUGUUUUCAACAUGGUCUAUGAAGAAAUUGAGCCUAUGAACAAGGGGGGAAAUAAAGCACAGUCAGAGAACCAUGCAGCUGCUGAUUCUGUGUACUGUACUGUCGGGAUGGCAGCCCAGGCUUGUAGUAAAGAUGCGAGCACUGUAAGCACUGCAAACCCUGGCAGCAAGAAUCAAGGAGCAGAGAGGAACUUUGACUCAUACCGUGGAUUUCAUACCUCAAACCAUUUUUGUUACCGUGAACAAGGCCAGUAAACCUGUCUACAAAGCAUGAACAUGCCUUGUAGCUUUAUGAUUGACAUUUUUAUGCCAUAAAAUAUUCCUCAAACAGCAAAAAAACCUUAAGAAUUCUGGACAAAUGUCAUUUGUACUGAUGAUUAUGGUUAAAGUUGAUGGCUAGAUGAAAGGGUUUCGAGAAAGGGUUUGGUGUAGAUGCAGGUUUUCAAUCCAGUAAAGCAGGAGCCACACUUAAUUCCACCAGUUGGUUUUGAGUAACCUUAGGUGUGGCUUUUGCUUAGUUGGAAUGAAUGUAUGCAGUUUUACAAACUCAAAUUAUAAUUAGAUAUACAUUUUAAUUUGAUUUACAUUUUAAUUGUCUGUUUUAUUUCUUAUUACGUAUCAGCAUAGAUCGCAUAGCAUAUACAAGGAUAGAUCUUUGCUCUCUUAAAA